GGUGAGGACUGAAUCACGUGGAUAUCUAGGGAAAUUUGUUGACGCAAAAGGAACGAGUGCAAAGGGCUGGAAGGAGGAACUCAACGGGUGUGUUCAAAAGAAGGUCAAGGAGGGCAGUGUGGCUGGAGAGAGUGAUUACUAGAUUACGAGAUGAAGACAGAGGGGACUGAAGAGCCUUUUGGUUUUUGGCUUUUCCUUUCGAUGAGAAGUGUGGAGAGGAAGCAUGAUCUCAGGCACGUGCUCAACUCAUUUGAUACGUGGCGGGAAACGCUUGGUGACCUAAAAGAGGGGCACGGCGGUGAUGUCACCACCCUGGGCAGAGCACGGGGACGUCUCCUUAACCUGGUGUGCCCCAGAGGCCUGGACAAUGCUGGCAAAACAACCAUCCUCAAGAAGUUCAACGGGGAAGACAUCGACACCAUCUCCCCGACACUGGGCUUCAACAUUAAGACCCUGGAACACCGGGGAUUCAAGCUGAACAUCUGGGAUGUGGGCGGCCAGAAGUCCCUGCGGUCCUACUGGCGGAACUACUUUGAGAGCACCGACGGCCUCAUCUGGGUGGUGGACAGCGCCGACCGGCAGCGCAUGAAGGACUGCCAGCGGGAGCUCCAGAGCCUGUUGGUGGAGGAGCGCCUGGCUGGAGCGACCCUCCUCAUCUUUGCCAAUAAGCAGGACCUACCCGGAGCGCUGUCCUCUAACGCCAUCUGUGAGGCCCUGGAGCUGGACUCCAUCCACAGCCACCACUGGUGCAUCCAGGGCUGCAGCGCCGUCACCGGGGAGAACCUCCUACCUGGCAUCGACUGGCUCCUGGAUGACAUUUCCAGCCGCGUCUUCACGGCCGACUGAACCACUCCAGACGUUCCCCCCCACUCACCCCCACACCUCACAGUCCAGCCCCCUCCCCCGGCCCUCAUCAGGCACCAUCCACGGGGGGGAUGGCAGUCGGCCAGGCUGACUAACACCCCCCGCCCUACUCCGUAACCUGCUGCUGCUAACACUACCCACUGCUUCUCGGCGGCCGGCUCCCGUGGCCGGAGGGCUGCUUCCCUGGCUGUCACCCUGGCUCCUGACCCGGCCCGCCUGCGGAGGAGAGGGCUGGGGCUGGGAGGGGGCCGCCUCUGCUGCUACCAAGGCUGUGGGCCUCAUCCUUUGCUCAGCUGUGAGAAUAAACCGUUCCCUGCCCCA